AUGUCGUUGCACGUUUACAUUGCUCACUCGGGUGAGCAUUUGCUGGUGGAUCCAGUGGCCUUUGCUUCACCCGACGCGCUGAAAUCAUGGAUUCUUCGAAAUACUUCUAUUCCUUCCUCGAGACAGAUAUUGAUGACUGCCCGGGGCAAGAACGUCAAGACCCAGACACUGGCCACAGAGACCGAAAUCUUCGUAUAUGAUCGUCAAUAUGUGAGCGAACCCGGCGACUUCGAGCUGCCCGAGCUGCCCGCCCCCGAACCAUUCCAACCCAGCAACCCUCCAGCCUCCCUCACGGACCAGAACGACCUCCAAGCAUGGCAGAACCUCUUCAUGACCCGGCGGACGUGGGCACUGGAUGUGUCUUCUCGUUGCGGAACGAUCGACAAGAACAUCCGCGAGCAUAGCGAGCGAGCGGAUGUCAUCAAUCGCGCGGUCGGCGUCGCACUAGAGAACCUCAAAUCCCACGUGGGGAAUCUCGAGCAUCGCUUCCAAGAAGCACAGGCUUGGGCGAACAAUCUUCUAGAGGAACAACAGGCUGCGCUGGAUGGCUGGCAGCGCGCUCUGGCCACACUCGAUAACAUUCCGGCUCGAAAGGACUUCCCGAUGCUGGGACGCCCGUCCACGCCAAAGAAAGAUAAGGACCGACCGACAGGGACCCUGCGAGACUUCGUCGAUAUUGAUGAGGUUCAGCAAGCCGGAGUCGAAGCGGCCGCGGUGUCGCCACGCUUCGCAAGUCAGGUACAAGAGAUCGAGAAGACCGUCAGCAAUAUUGCCUCUGAUACAGAAGCGUUGAUCAAUGAUGUGCUUCCAACUCCAGCCGAAUGCGACGGUGGACUCCUCGAAGAAGUGGAAACGAUCGUCAAGAAGAUUGGAUCUGACUACGAACAUGUCCUCGGCCUAGCCAGCCAUCAAAAAGUGCUUGCGAACAUCUCCCGUCUGGCACUCAACCACACCCAAAACCUGCUUCCAUCGCUCCAGGAGCUUGGCAAGGACCUCCAAAGAGACCUGGAGCAAGCAGUACAGCGUCGAGGGAUCACUGAGAAGACGGCUCUACAGCAUAUGCGCAUUAUUUCGUUCAUUGAGUCACGCCUUGCGGAGGCUCACAACCAACUAGUCAACCUAGAUGUGGACAGCAAUUCAUUUGACGUCGUCUACGGUGUUUUUCAGAUGCCAAUGAUCUACGGCUCGAUUUUAAUUGAAUCUGUUCGGCGACGAGAAUGGAACGAUAAAAUCAAGACCGAUUCGUUGACUCUCGCAGAGGAAAUGGCAGUCUUGAGAGAUGAGGAGCAGCGUCGAAGGAAAAAAUGGGUCAAGUCUAUGGGCGAUUUUAUCUCAUUCGGCGACACCACGACACCCGGUAUUGAAGUCAACCUCCAAGGCCAAGAUGACGACUGGCCGGAAGUGACACGCAAAGAGAUCGAUGCUUAUAUUGAGGAUUUAAAUUCCAAGCACAACUUAUCCAAUGUUGCUGAGGACCUGACUCAGCUUUUCAAAGAAUUAGAUACUCCAACCCGCCAGCAAAGACGACGAGCAAAGGCUUUUAAAAACGGGAGCGUUUUCGACAUGAGCCGAAGCUCUAUGCUAUUACGGGGUGAUGAUAUGGUUCGAAGCCUCCAGGAGGAGAAGACGAAGCUCGAAGAACGGCUUAAAGGGUCUGAUAGUCGCAUCCGCAAACUCGAAGACUUGCUUCAUCGUCAAAGUCACCUCGGUCGUCCUUCCAGUGGGCAAUUUGGGCCGGAUUUUCCGAGCUCGCCCGCCUCACCGCAUCCAGACGCUCUUUCUCGACGUUCGUCCAUUUCGUCAAGACGAGUUUCAAUGACUCAGUCUCCAGAAGACCGAGCCCUUGUGCAGCGUAUUGUAUCACUGGAAGCCGAGCUUGCCGUUGAAAAAGAUACUGUGCAGAGACUUCAUAAGGAAGCCCAUGCUGAGCGUCAAUCGAACACGGACAAGUUUCAGGAGGCUCAGUCUACCAAGGAGGAUCUCAUUGGAAACCUCGAGGCGCGCCAACGUGAGUUCGAGGAUGAACGUAAAUACUUGGAAUCGGAGGCCAAAAGGUAUAGGCUGCGUGUGGAAGAGGUUGAAGAGGAGCUCGACAGGCUCAUGGACAGCCGCGAACACGACAGACACGAGGCUGAUGAACGGAUCCAACAACUUGAGGCCGAUUUACAAAGCGCCCACACGACCUCUGCAGAGGAAGCCCAAAGAGCCAUCGAUCUGAAUGAAAAGAUCCAAUCUCUGCAGAGCGAAGAACAAGUCCUUCGGUCCAAAGUCAACGAUUUUGAACGUCAGCGUGGCGAUUGGGAUAAAAAGGAUCAGGAUCACUAUCAUGCUCUCCAGGCAGCUUUCAUGAACUUGUCCCCAGGAGGUUCUGUGCCUGUCGAGCUUCCUGGAAUUAUCAAAGCUAUUGAGAUUCUGUCAGAAGGCUUGGCAAUCCAUGCCAGGAGUGCCGAAGCGAGUGCUUCAAAAGCAUUGGCUGAGAACAAGUCUCUCGAAGAGCGCGUGACACAGCUGGAACUUGAGAUAGAAGGACAAGCAAAACUGGUCAACGAACGAGGAACUGAAGUCACCCGUCUCACAGAAGAGUUGUCGCAAACGCAGAUAGCUUUAACUGCCGCGAAAAAUGAUCUGGAUCAAGAGCUGUCGAGACUGAAUACCUUGCAAUCCAAAUUAUCUGCUGGUGAAAGCGGCACCGAUGCAUUGCGGGAACAGAUCGCUGAGGAGCAGCGGAAAUACGCCGAACUGUCACAGAAAUUGGCAGGAGCGGAAUCCGAUACUCUAGAUUUCAAGAAGAAAGAAGCAGAUUGGGAGAACAAGCUCAAUGUGGCAUCAGAGGCAGAACGACAAGCCGUGACCCGCUAUGAAGCCCGAGGUACCAAAUCCCAUGAACUUUCCAAACAGCUUUACUCGCAAGUCGAGAAGCUAGAGCGGAUGCUGGAGCAACUGGGUUUCGCAAUCAUCCAGCAGGACGGCCACCUUGUUAUCCAGCGCGCAUCCAAACUCAGCGCCUCCUCUACCCUUGGCGAAAGCAUUGCCCAAUCUGGUAUCGUUUCUGCAAAGCCCGAUUCCGCUCUGCUAGAUUGGAUGCACGCCGAAAGCCCCAGUGAAGAGGAGACCAAGUUUGCAGCCUUUAUGGAGAGCUUGUCUCAUUUUGACGUCUCUGUUUUCGGGGAUGUCGUUGUCAAACGCGUCAAGGACAUCGAACUACUAGCUCGGAAGUGGCAGAAAGAAGCUAGAGCCUAUCGUGAAAAGUAUCAUCGGGUUCAGAGCGAAGCUCAUGAGAAGAUUGCCUAUCGCUCCUUUAAGGAAGGAGACCUGGCCCUAUUUUUGCCAACUCGAAACCAGGCCAUCCGUUCUUGGGCCGCAUUCAAUGUUGGCGCACCGCAUUACUUUCUCCGUGAGCAGGACUCGCACAAGUUGCAUACUCGCGAUUGGUUGCUUGCGCGCAUCAACAAGAUUGAAGAGCGCGUUGUUGAUCUUUCAAAGUCCAUGAACCUGAAUAAUAAUGCGCCAGAUCGGCGAUCGAUCGGAGAUGUCAGCGACGGUGCCUCUCUUGAUGACGAUAAUCCCUUCGAGCUGUCCGAUGGCCUUCGCUGGUACCUCCUCGACGCAGCAGAAGAAAAGCCCGGUGCGCCCGCAACCCCGGGCAUCGCCAAGAGUACCGUCGCUUCGGCGCAUGUUGAUGCCAAGGGUAGUAUCCGACUCAAGCGCCCAACUGAGGAAAGCACCGUCGCUCAGACGCUGUCCAAAAGCCUCGAGAGUCGCCGCAACAGUUCCAACUCCAAACGGGGUACUCCCACACCUUCCACAAAAGCCAACGACUCAGCUUCCGAUCUAGUCCGCUCCCCGGAUGUAAAUGCCGGCUCUCAGCCGCGAGAGACGGCCCCGAUUUUCGACGAGGUUCGCCGUGACCUGCUCCUUGGCCCGUGA